AUGCCCAUCGACCACACCUCGCUUCCAGUCCCCUUUUCCAAGGUAGACGAAGAGGUUGCCUGGCUUAUCGCCGCUUACGGACACAUGGGAUUCAAAGUACAUAAGAGCCCAGUACCUGGCGUCGUUGGAGUUGGCGACGAGACUGGGCCAUUCCUGUGGAUUUUUGGCUACGACGAGAACUUUAGUCAAAUUCCAGAUGAUGCGAAAAUCUUCCGCACUCACCUAGCACUGAGUGCCAAAGAUCGAGGACAAGUGGACACCUUCUAUGCCGAAGGUCUCAAAGCAGGCGGGAAAGACAACGGCAAGCCAGGCGUGAGGACGAACUAUCAUCCCAAUUACUAUGGCGCAUUUUUGAUCAGCCCUGGUGGCCACAACCUGGAGGCUGUGACACACGCGCCCCCAAGUUCUGCCCAAUGA